UCCAGCCAAUGAAAUCGUGUGAGGCAGUGAGCUAAAAUAUCGGUCAAAGUUUUUUGUGCAUGCAGCUGGCUUUAGUGUCAAAGUUCAUGACGGUGGCUAACGAAGACAGUUUUGUGCAAAUCAUGCCUGUCCCAGUGGAAAGUCUCGGCUUCCCCGGCACGGCCUGUCCACCCUCGGCAUCUCUUCACCCGCCUGCGCCGAUCAACACGCACCAGCUCGGGAUCAGCACCACUCUGCUGUACAGCGGCUCACGGUUUCGGGGUCACCAAAAGAGUAAAGGAAACGCCUAUGACGUUGAGGUCGAUUUGCAGCAUGUGUCCAAGGAGGACUCUUAUGUGUGUGGAUAUUUGAAGAUCAAAGGGCUGACAGAGGAGUAUCCCACUCUCACAACAUUUUUUGCUGGGGAAAUAAUCAGUCGGAAAAGGCCAUUUUUAACCAGAAAGUGGGAUGCAGAUGAAGAUGUCGACAGAAAACACUGGGGCAAGUUUCAGCCUUUUUGCAAGUAUGCCAAAAGCUUUAAUAGUGAUUGCUUUGACUAUGAUGUGCUGGAAAAGAGUGAUUAUAUUUUUAUGCGGUGGAAGGAGCAGUUUCUAGUUCCAGACCACACCAUCAAAGACAUCAGUGGUGCAUCUUUUGCAGGUUUCUACUACAUUUGCUUUCAGAAAUCUACAGCCACUAUCGAGGGGUAUUAUUACCAUAGGAGUUCUGAAUGGUACCAGUCUUUAAAUUUGAACAUCAUUCAAGAACAUAGUAUGCCUAUCUUUGAAUUCCGGUGACAUGAUCAUGAGGCGAUUUGAGACGGGGACAUUUUAAAUAUAAACCAGGCAAAAGAUUUAUUAAGCUAAGAGUCAACUUGUUUUCCUCCAGUCUGAAGACAUGAGACAAUAGAAUGUGAAAGGACACAAGAAGACGAAUGGCUUGAUUUUUAUGCUUACAAAUUGGGUUCGAAUUUUAGUAUUUUUAUUUAACUUAUUAUUUUUUAUUUUUGUCAGUUUCCGUUUAAACACAAAAAUAUUGUCAUUCAAAUGAGGCAUCCAGUUUCAUUUAGUUUCUUUUCAAGGUGCCUUAAAGCAUGUCAUGAAAGCUGCAGAACCGAAAGCUGUGAUCUGUUUUGCAUAAUGCUGUUUAUUUUUCCUUUGUUUUAUGCAACUAUAAAACAUGUUGUGUUAGUACAUCAGAGUUCUAUAAGGGUGUAAUGUCCAUAAAAAUGUCAGAAAUAAUUUUCGAUUUGUCUUUGCAAACAAAAUUGGUAUAUUUUAAGUUAUGAAGUUUUGGAAUUUAAAACAAAUCUAGGUAUAAGAAGAAUGAAAUAAGAAUGGAAUCAAAGGCAGACCAAAGAUAUAGUAUGUAUAUGUUAAGGAGAAAUAAAAAUGUAAAUGCAAUUUCAGUCAGUAUUCACUUUGUAAGAAGUAAACCUUUUGUCUACGUUUUAAAAUGCCUUUAAUAGUGCCAUCAUUGACGAAUUAAGGAAUUUUUUUAUAUGCAAUGUGAAUUACUCAGGGGCAUU